GAAAUUAUAAAUGCAAGAUUCAAAUUAAAAGUAAUGUAUCAACUACUGGCUCUUCUUGGCUGUUCCUUUGUUUCAGUCCUAAAUAUUCUAAUGUAGAAGUAGUUCCCAGUGUUCUAUAGACUUUGGAGGGAUGACUCCUAGCAGCUAGCCAGGCUUGUCAGCAUCUAGGGAGCUAAGAAUGGUCCCCGUUUCUCUAGCUUUGUGAUCUAAAUUCACUGCCUUUAAGAUGGGGAUACUACUGUUAUCAGGGAUGGCUAGCUAUGAUGGACAGGCAUCUCAGGCGUGCCUGGCACGUCUUCGUCUACAAUGACAGCAUCUCCUAUUUCUCCAGAACUUUGUCUGUGCCAUACAGACUUGCAAACUCUUCCUUACCUGUUCUGAACUCAUCUGUCCAAACAAGGUACCUUGCUUAUUCUGCACUCUCUUCUGUCCAUCAGCUCUCAGAAACAGUUGACCACAAAGUACUGGCUAUUUUUCCAGCAAAGUAUCUCUCAAACCUGUUUGAUUUUCAGGCUCUGCCAUGUUGUCCUUUAGUUCGAGCCACUCUGACCUCUUUAAGUUCAGUGGUCUCCUUCCCCCCUUCCUGCUAGUUUUCUUGAUAAUAGCCUGAAAAAGAAAGUCACUUCUUCAGGCCUUCAAGAUUCCCAAGAAUCCUUGGAGUACGGUACAGAAUCCCCAGCAGGCCUUCCUGUCCUGUUUCUUAAGGCCCCAGCCCCUCACCCACAUCUCCCAGCAUACAGGUCAGUUUCCUAGCAGCCUGGCCUCAGGGCCAUUUUCCCAGCUCCUGAGUAACUCCUCAUCUUUUGAGGACUAGCUCCAGUAUUCUUCCUUAUGGAAGUCUUCUCUGUUCACUGUUUUCACAUCUGUUAGACCUAUCUUACUUCUUCCAAUGACAGUCAUUCCAUUGCGAAUGAUCUGGAACAGCCUUUAAGUGUCAGGUAAAAACAAUGCAUUUUUAUCUGUGGAAAAUGCAUGCUAAUGAGACACUUUUAAUUAGUGUUGCUCUUGUGAUACUCUAUGGUACACAUUCUGCUUUCCUAACUACAGCAUUAAACCAACUGUGUUUUAUUAGCACAGGAUUACAGAAUAGAAAUAUGAAUUCUGCUGUGCCUGAUGUUUUGCAGUGUCACGUGGUUGUGGGCCAGACAGAUGGUGUGACUUCUCAGUGCCAGAUGCCCAAGGAGGUUGGGGAAGCUGCCACAGGCAAAGGAGGGAAAGGUCUAAGGAUGAUGCCCAGUGGUGUUCUGGCAGAGUGUGAUUUUCAUCACCAAAUGCCGUCUGAGCCAACCUUAGCGAGGAGCAACAGGAGCCACCUAGAGUGUGUCUGAAGCCAGAGCCAUGACCUGACACCCUGAUGCCUACUCCCAGCGCCUUUGUGGGACUGGCACGUGCACCAUGGAACUUAAAGUGUGGGUGGAUGGCGUUCAGAGGAUCGUCUGUGGCGUCACGGAAGUCACAACUUGCCAGGAGGUUGUAAUAGCCUUAGCUCAAGCUAUAGGUCGGACUGGAAGGUACACUCUCAUAGAGAAAUGGAGAGACACCGAACGGCACUUGGCGCCACAUGAAAACCCCAUCGUGUCUUUAAACAAGUGGGGGCAGUAUGCCAGUGACGUGCAACUCAUCUUGCGUAGGACUGGGCCAUCUCUCAGUGAGCGACCCACCUCAGACAGUGUGGCCCGCAUUCCUGAAAGAACUUUGUACCGACAGAGCCUUCCCCCCUUAGCCAAGCUCCGGCCUCAGGCUGACAAGUCCAUCAGAAGGAGGGAGCCUAAACGAAAGUCUCUUACCUUCACAGGGGGCGCCAAAGGGCUGACGGAUGUUUUUGGAAAAGGUAGAGAGGCUGAGUUUAGGCAGAAGGUGCUGAGUAACUGCAGGACAACAGCAGAGGAGCUGAAGAGGCUGAUCCGCCUGCAGACAGGGAAGCUGCAAGCCAUUGAGAAGCAGCUGGAGUCCAGUGAGGCGGAGAUUCGGUUCUGGGAACAGAAGUACAGCUGUAGCCUAGAGGAGGAGAUUGUCCGCCUAGAGCAGAGGGUCAAGAGGAAUGACGCGGAGAUCGAGGAGGAAGAGUUCUGGGAAAACGAAUUGCAGAUCGAACAGGAAAACGAGAAGCAGCUGCAGGAUCAGCUGGAGGAGAUACGGCAGAAAGUGACCGACUGUGAAGGCAGGCUGAAGGACUACCUGGCCCAGAUCCACACCAUGGAGAGUGGUCUCCAGGCAGAAAAACUGCAUCGGGAAGUUCAGGAGGCACAGGUCAAUGAGGAGGAGGUGAAAGGAAAGAUUGAAAAGGUCAAGGGAGAGAUGGACCUUCAAGGGCAGCAGAGCCUGAGGCUGGAGAACGGUAUUAGAGCUGUGGAGAGGUCUCUGGGGCAGGCCACCAAGCGGCUACAGGACAAGGAGCAGGAGCUAGAGCAGUUGACCAAAGAGCUUCGGCAGGUCAACCUCCAGCAGUUCAUCCAGCAGACUGGGACCAAAGUCACCGUGCUGCCGGCCGAGCCCACGGAAAUCGAGGCCUCACAGGCAGACAUAGAGACAGAGGCACCAUUCCAGUCUGGGUCCCUGAAGCGACCUGGUUCAUCUCGGCAGCUCCCCAGUAAUCUUCGUAUUCUACAGAACCCUGUCUCCUCUGGUUUUAAUCCUGAAGGCAUCUAUGUAUAACACUGUCUUUGGGGGAAGGAUCCAGCAAAGGUACCAUGGACAGUAAAAUCCUCCAGUUUGUGCCAACUGAACAGAGGGUCUGUUCCCAAGCCGAAUCCUCUCCCAACCACACACCACUCAGAGCCAUGCCCUGUGCACUGAUGCUGAACAUGGAGCCUGUUCAGUCUCCGCAGUAUUGACACGUUGUCCAGCAGCCGGAAUGCAAAGCCUUUGUUUAUAGUUGUAGCAUUUUGAGAGCAUUAGGAAAGCAUUGAUCUACGUUUAUACAUGAAUACAUCUGAAUUAAGAGUAAAGAAGUUAUGUGACUGCUUAGUUUAAUUUAUUCCAUGUAAUUGAUUAAUUAUGAAUGUUGCUCUUUAAUAGUUUAUUAAUACUUAUCCUGUGACUUAAUUCUGUUAAAUGUUGUGGGACUCUGACUGUGUGCAUGUUGGCAGACUCUAUCCGAGCUUUGCUCGUGUACAGCUGCAAAGCCUCCUGGGGUGCUCCACCAUCCAGACUGACUCCAUGGAGCCCACCACACUUAUCUGGAGCCUCUCUUAGUCCUUGCUUAAGUGAGAUAAUUCAGCUUGCUUCCUAGUCUGGAAGUUAAUUGUUCCUUUACAGUAUUCCAAACAUGACAUCACAGAAAUAUCGUGAGUGAAGUAAACUGUUAUGUAAAAUGUUUGUGAUCACAGACGGUUCUGGUGCACUCUGAGGCUCUCCUGCCUUCCUGCCUCCUCCUGUGGGUUCUUAUGAGAAGGUCCCACGAGAAGGAGAGGUCCCUGGGGGUCUGAUCGCUGUGCUUUGGGAAUCACGCGCAGAUGACUCACUUCAGAACAACCCACUUCCUCUGUGGACUCUAUGCCACGCACAGCAGGGGGAGUGCUGCUUGCCAAGACGUCCGACGUGGACGGGGUGCUUGCUCUAGACACGGAGGCAGAGGAGAGAGCACCGAGGUCAGGUAUUUUUUUACCAAGGAAAUAAAAUUAAAUUCAGAGUAUGUUUCUUACUUUUAAGUUUGACUUUAUAGGAUAUUAGUCUCCAUUUAUAUUUGUAUCAUUUGUGUAUAACGCCAAGCCUGAGUCAGUACUUUGCUCGCAAGCAGUGACCUCCUGCACUCACCAGGAAUAUUUAGACAGGUGCUGCCAGGAAUGAAGACUUCAAUCUGAAAUUUAAAGUAGCUUUUAAUCCAGAAGAGAAUGCAUCCUCUGUAUUAUUUACAUGCAAUAAUAUGAACUGCGUUAGCAUAGUGAUGCCGUAUCCACACUCAAGGAGAGCUGAGGUGUGUGACCACACCCAACUUCUGGUUUGAUGAAUGUUCAAUGAAGCCAAGAAUGCUGCUUUAUUUUAUUUCCAGUGAAAAGAUUUAAGAAUAGCUGUGAAAUAGUAGACACUUGUAGAGAACUGAAAUCCGUGCAGUGUUGCCUUUUACCCAAGUGAAUCGCAGACCUCAGCUGAACGCCGACUUACCCAGUGGGUCUUGCUGUCACUGCCUGGCAGGUGACUUGAGAAGUAAAUUAUCCAUUGCCUGAACACACUUGCUCCAGAUUUGUAACAACUGUUUCGUAUCUAUAUACAUUUAAAAAGAAUAAUUCAAGGUCAAAGUCACUUGCAGCUUUCGGUGGCACGGUGAGUCCACAGGCUCAGGACCUGCCUUACUCUCAGACUCUUCCUCUGCCAAGUCAUUGCAUUGUUCAGAUAAACUGAAACCUUGCUCAUAAAGGGAAACACUGCACAAGUGGAUUAUCUUCCAUUUAAACCAAAUGUUGGCGGUAGGUAGGUUAAACUCUAUGAAAAAUGAAAGAUGAAGCUGGGUGUGGCGGCUCAUGACUGUGAUUCCAGCACUCAGGAGGCUGAGGCAGGACAGUUGCCAUGAAGCUCAGGCUAUCCUAAGUUACAGGGAAAGUUCUAGGAUAGCCUGGGUCUGGUGUGAUUCCCUGUGGAAAGAGAGGGAACUGCACAGAUCCCCCGGCACACUCAGUUGUGAACUGCUUGGCUUGCUGAGGAACCUAAAGCAGGGCGGCUUCCCACCGGCUCGCAGCAGCCCUGGCUCUCCACCACUGUCACCUGUGAACCUGGAAGCUGCCAGCUACUCUCCCGGCCUCCCGGCCUCCCCGACUGGUGGGGUGCAGCCAUGAGAGUUCACAAACACGCUGAGUAGCUGUGCUGCGUCACGAGUCACAGAACCUUCACGGCACACACAGCACUGUCCAGUGUUUUCUAAAUCUUUUUUUAGCUCGGGGUGGGAGAAGCAACUAAUUUGUGUAGGAACAUCUGAAAAUAUUUUAGUCUGCUGUCACAGAUGUUUACCUAUUGUGACUAUAAAUGAAUUGGCUUAUAAACCCUGCCUCUGGCUGCAUGUCAGAGGGGUAUAGCCAAUGGCAUUCAAACACUACCAAAUGCAAAAUUUUGCAUAUGGAGAAGUAAUCAGGUUCUGAAUAAUAAAUUAGAUCACAAAUUUUUGUGUCUUUUUAAUUAGUACUACAGGUUACAUUAUGUGGGUUUUCUACAGGUAUUAAAUAUAUUACAAGUUUUUUCUUACCAAUGAAUAAUUUGAGUAUCAUUGGUCUAUUUGACCUAUAUAGUAUCCUCUUUCUCAGAGAAUCACCCACAGUGGGUUACCUCACUUUGUGUGUUUAUUUUUUUCAUUUCCUUUAUAUUUUGGCUGUUUGUGUUCCUUUUUCUUUGUCUCCGUGAAUGGGGAAUUUUACAUGUGAGGCUUCAGUUGGAGUUGAUAGAAGUUGCCCUCUGACCGUGCAGAUUGAUAACUAUCAGCGAGCAGCUGAGCAUAGCUUCCACCCAGCAGAGCUUGCACAGAGAAGAUGCAGCUCAUAGACCGACAGAUCAGCACUGCUCCACAGCUAAGACAGCGCAGUCCUGCGGCAACACUG